AAAAUGGAGCAAGCAAACGAAAAGGAAGAAGAAGAGCGACACGAAGAAGCGGCGGGAGAGAAGGAAAGUUUUGAAGAGAGUAAAGAGAAAGCGGCGGAGAUGAGUCGUAAGGAGAAGCGAAAAGCGAUGAAGAAAUUGAAGAGGAAGCAAGUGAGGAAGGAGAUUGCGGCGAAGGAGAGGGAGGAAGCGAAGGCUAAGUUAAACGAUCCGGCGGAACAGGAGAGAUUGAAGGCGAUUGAGGAAGAGGAUGCGCGGAGGAGAGAAAAGGAGUUGAAGGACUUUGAGGAGAGUGAAAGAGCUUGGAGAGAAGCUAUGGAGAUCAAGAGGAAGAAAGAGGAGGAAGAGGAAGCGAAGCGGGAAGAGGAAGAGAGGCGUUGGAAGGAUCUAGAAGAGUUGAGAAAGCUUGAGGCUAGUGGGAAUGAUGAGUGUGGUGAGGAUGAGGAUGGUGAAUAUGAAUAUAUCGAAGAAGGACCUCCAGAAAUUAUAUUCCAGGGAAAUGAGAUCAUUCUCAAAAAGAACAAAGUGAGAGUUCCAAAGAAAUCGGUUGUUCAGGUCGAUGGACACGAGAUUUCUGACAGGCCUACUUCAAAUCCUCUACCUCCGGGAAGUGAAGCUUCAGCCAAUUAUCAGAAUGUUAGUUCUGCGCAACAGAUAUUGGAGAGUGUUGCACAAGAAGUACCCAACUUUGGAACUGAGCAGGAUAAAGCUCAUUGUCCUUUCCAUUUGAAAACUGGAGCUUGUCGGUUUGGCCAGCGUUGCAGCAGAGUUCAUUUCUACCCCAAUAAAUCGUGCACUCUACUUAUGAAGAACAUGUAUAAUGGUCCUGGUAUUACUUGGGAACAGGAUGAGGGGCUUGAGUAUACAGAUGAGGAGGCUGAACUCUGUUAUGAAGAAUUUUAUGAAGAUGUUCAUACAGAGUUCCUAAAGUAUGGAGAACUUGUUAAUUUCAAGGUGUGUAGAAAUGGCUCAUUCCAUUUGAAGGGCAAUGUAUAUGUCCACUACAGAUCACUAGAAUCAGCUAUUCUUGCUUACCAGUCCAUUAAUGGUCGAUACUUUGCGGGUAAACAGGUGAAUUGCGAGUUUGUCAACAUCUCAAGAUGGAAAGUUGCCAUAUGUGGGGAGUACAUGAAGUCCAGGCUUAAAACUUGUUCUCGUGGAUCUGCCUGCAAUUUUAUCCAUUGUUUCCGAAAUCCUGGUGGAGACUAUGAAUGGGCUGACCAUGACAGACCACCUCCAAGAUUCUGGAUUCACAAAAUGACCUCUUUAUUUGGUUAUUCAGAUGAAAAGCACAUGGAACAUGAAUCUUCAGGGUCGUUAAAUGAUUCAAUAUCAGAUCUAUCAACAGAUUCACACAGGCAACCUUCAAGAAGAUCUAGAUCGAGGGACCAUGAUCAUGCUAAUGUUGGAUCUACGCCUUCUUAUAGGAGCCGUAAAUAUCAUGGUGAUACUCAGGACAGCACUCGUGAAGACAAGCUUCGCAGGCAUGCCGAGAACUGUCAUGAUGGUGAUGACAGUCCGAGCAGAGAUGGUAGUUUAGAGAGGGAGAUGUAUAAAGAGCGACGGUAUGCUAAGGACACAUUGCAUCGUGAUAGCAGAUGGUCUGAACACUCUCCUGGACAUCGGGUGGGAAGGAAGAGAAUCCAUGGGAGGUAUUCUGAUGAUGAUUCUGCUGAUGGAGAUGACUAUGGUAGGAGAGGGACGGGUCACAAACGAAAACCCAGAAGAGGGACAGAUUCAGGAGUACAAGAACAGAUGGACAAUGAAAAGGACAGAAAAACCCACAGGAGUUCAAGAAAACACAGCAGGGAAGGGUCAUCAGCUGAUAAAGAGGAGGGUCAUGAACAUGAUAGGGUUCAUACAGUUUCUGACAAGUCGCAUAGAGAAAGAUCGAAGCAUCGACAUGAAAGAAGUAGCUCAAGAUAUUCACACGAGGAAGAUUCAACUGAGAGUAGACAUCAUCAGCACAAAGAAUCAGACAAGAAGAGAAGUGUAGAGACUAGUCCCGUAGGAUAUCAGUCAGAUAAAGAUAGGGACAGAAGCAAACAGAGACAGAGAUACAAGAGCGAUGAUCCAGAGUCUGAUCAAAGCAGGAAAGGAAAACGACAAAGUGAAGAGAAUUCAGAUAGAGAAACACACAAAGAGAGACGUCAUCGCCAUAGAAAAAGAAGACGGACACAAAACUCAGACGACCAGAAUCCUAAGGAAUCAGAGGAAGUGGAAGAAGAGAUUGAGCGUUGGAGACCAGUGUGAUCUCAGAACGAAACAAAACAAGAGAUGUUCUUGUGACUUGUUCUCU